AUGUUGUUAGGAAAACUUUUGUUCUAUAUACAAUUCGGACUCGUCUUCCAUGUUGUGAUUUGUUUUAAGGAUACUGUCGAAGUGCCACGCUUCGAAGAUAGUUUAAACAACUUGACGGUGUCACUGGGGCGAGAAGCGGUAUUCACUUGCGUCGUAAAUGACCUGGGCUCUUACAGGGUGGCGUGGCUACGCGUGGACACGCAGACGAUCCUGACGAUAGCGACGCACGUCAUCACCAAGAACCAUCGCAUCGCAGUGAACCACAGUGACCGCCGCGUUUGGUUCCUCCACAUCCACGAUGUCCGCCAAUCAGACCGUGGCUGGUACAUGUGCCAGCUCAACACCGACCCCAUGAAGAGCCAAACCGCCUACCUAGACGUAGUAGUCCCGCCUGACAUCUUAGAUUACCCGACUAGCAGUGAUCAAGUUGCCAGAGAAGGAGCCAACGUGACGCUAAGAUGUGCAGCGCACGGCGUACCCACGCCCACAGUAGUCUGGAGGAAAGAAGCCGGAGAUUUAUUACCUACAACUAACUUUAGUGACAUACACAAUACGUCGGUGAGCGGCGCGGUGCUGCAGCUAGUCAAAGUGUCAAGACUACACAUGGGUGCUUAUCUUUGCAUCGCCAGCAACGGAGUGCCGCCCUCCGUCAGCAAACGGGUCAUGCUUGUUGUGCAUUUCCCGCCAAUAAUGACUAUACAAAAUCAAUUGGUCGGAGCUAAAGAAGGCGAUACUGUACACUUAGACUGUCAUUCGGAAGCUUUUCCAAAGUCUAUUAAUUAUUGGACGAUAAAUGAUCAAAUCAUAUCACAAUCGGACAAAAGGUUCGAGAUAGCGGCCAUAGAAAGAAGUUAUGAAGUGGACAUGAGGCUGACUAUCAAGAAAGUUGGUAGAACAACUUUCGGCACUUAUAGUUGCAUAUCAAAAAACUCUCUCGGAGAUACGGAUGGUACUAUAAAACUGUAUUCGCUGUCCGGUAAAUUCGAGGAAAUGCAGUACAACGAGGUGGGAGACUUCGAUGAAACGCCCGACGUGAGUGAACUAGAGGCACUCAAACGCAGCCGAGCGUCACGCGCGAACGCCGCCGCGCUCUGCCUCGUCAUUUACAUUGUAUUAUAAUACUAAUUUGUAUAUAAAAUAUAUUGUUAUA